CCUGAGAGAUUCUCAGAGCAGCAUUCAGCUCCACAGCUCCUCGUCCUCCUCGUCCUCCUCGUCUUAAUCGCCUCCAUCCUCCUCCAUCGCCUCCAUCCUCCUCCAUCGCCUCCAUCCUCCUCCAUCGCCUCCAUCCUCCUCCAUCGCCUCCAGCUUGCUCCUCCUGCUCCUCCUCCUCAGGUUCCUCCAUGGGCUCCUCCAAGUCCUCCCAGCGAGCCUGGCACAUGGUCAUGGCCCUGCUGGCGCUGUGGUCCAUCGUGUCUCUGGUGGUCAUCGUGGUUUGGGCCACGUCCCCGGACCUGAAGGGCGUGAGCCAGUGCCGGGCGUCUCUGCAGGAGGAGAUCCAGAAGGGGGUGGGGGCCAAGGUGGUGUGGGAGAAGAACAAGGAGGCUCUGGAGCAGAUGGUGCAGGAGGCCCGGGAGGAGAACGACCGGCAGAAGGAGCAGAUCCUGGUGCUGAUGGGACAACUCAACGCCACCAACGCGACGCUGCAGGACUGUCUGCAGGACAAGGUCGUCUUACACUCCAACAUCACGUCCCUGCAGGACGACAUAGAGCAGCUCCAGGCGAAGGAGGCAAACCUCACGGCUCUGCUCUCACUGAGGGAAGACCGAAUCGACAUCCUGGAGCAGAACCUGACUCAGGCCACGCAUCUCACCGACUCCUGCAACAGCCUGAAGGCGGCGGCCGAAAGCCACAUGUUAGCGGCUCAGGCUGAAACCAAGGCCUGCAAGUCCAGCCAGCAGUUCCUGCAGAAACAGCUUCAGAAAUGUAAAGAUGUGGAAGCUGCUGAUGCUCCUAAGCAGAACCAGGAGUCCAGUCCGUCCUCGCCGCCGUCCAAUCACGCCGCCGCCGUGGCGGCUGCUCCUCUGCUGACGCUGCUCGUCUGCAACGCUCUGCAUCUGAUAACCUGAAGUCCUCGUGGGGACGAACAGUCGAGCCGACGGCGGCGAGCACUGCGGUCCAGGAGGAAAGGGGGCGGAGCCUGGACCAACAUAACGAACUGCUGUACAAACAAUCUGUCUACGCCACAAACAGGUCGCCAUGGAGACGCGUCCGAACAAUGAAUGGACUCAAACUCUGCUUUAACGCCACAGCUGAGACGCUAACGUCAAGUUUUGCAGACGCGAAGCUUCCGUGCUGCUUUUUUUAUCUACGCUUUAGUCCAUCGUGAGAAACAUCUUCCUGAAUGAAAACUUCUUAAAGCAGCUCUUAUCUUUCUGGCAGUUUGUCAUCUUAGAGCCGUAAAAUGUAAAAUAAGCUCAUCAAUAUUCACAUAUUCUCAUAUAUUUCCGACCAUCACUUUUAUUAAAAUGGUCUGAAUAAGAUGAUUUAGUUGACACGUCUUCUCUCUGGUAGAGACUCUGAGACUUUAGGACAUAAACCUGUUGAAGCUAAACAUCUGGGGCUAAAGUUAGCUACCGUAUUUAAAGCUCCUCCUAAAAAAACAUUUUUAUUCUUUGGUUUUAACCCGGUAUCAGACACAGCUCCUGUUCAGUGCUUUAUUAAUCGUCUUCCUGUUGACAUUGUCCAACCAGAGCAGAGCUGACGCUUCUUAGUGAGAACAGUGUCUCCCAGUGAACAGUGGCUGCAGGAGUGGACACAUAUUAGCAGCAGCAUUGGCAGCUUGUCUUUGUCUUGGUUUGUCUUGGUUUGUCUCCAGAGAACAAGAGCUGUGAUUGGUCCUGUUGGUAGCAGCGUGUUUCCUCUUCAGUAUUUAAAUGUAAUUACAGUUGUGAUUCAUCCUCUUGGUUAAAUGAGCAGGUGUAGAGAUUCAGACAUUUGUUCAACUCGUGUUCAGUCGAUAUUUGGGUGAAAGUUUCAGCCGUUGUUGGAAGUGAAGCAGGAAGAACUGAAGGUAGAAGAAUGAACGUCUCACACCAGUGGAGAGUCUGUGUGUGAAUCAUGAUGACGGAUUAAUUCAUGCUAACAGCCCUAAUUUUAUUAUAACAGUCUGAAUAAAAGGAGUUGUCGCUGUCUCCUGUCUGGUAGAGACAGAGCGAUUUACUUAAAAAGAAAAAGAAAUAACUAAACGUCUGAGGCUAAAGUUGGCUUCCAUUAGCUUCCGUUAGCUACUGUUAGCUACAGGUCCUCAACAAAAUCUAAAACCUGCAAACCAAACAGCUGCAGCCGUUCUUAAUGUAAUGGCUGAUGUUACUGGGACAGUUCUGCAGAGAGAAGACGCUACAAACAUAUUCUAAAAACAUUUGACUGUAAAGAAAGUGUCGCUACGAAUGAAACGCUGUAAUUAAUUUAAUGGUGGCUGGUCAGACUAUCAGGACUUUUUAAUUUAAUACCACGUAUGGAAUAAAAUCCAGCUGUUUUUAGUAAAUGUGGUGCAACGUGCCAGAAAGAUGAGACCUGCUUUAAAAGCAGGAGCUGAACCAGUCGUCUGUGGUCAGGAUCAGAGUGACUGCGUUUAUUCUGCUGUCACUCGUGUUUUUAUCUUAUUCGUGUUUUAAUGCUUGAAGCUUCUGCCACAGCAAACAGACGACUCGACCUUUAGAGGCUUUUACUGACGUUUAUCUGAUGCUGGAUCAGCCGGACGGGACGGGGGGGUUAAUGUGGGGAUCUGAAUAAUAAAGAGUUUCUUUGCCGACUGCUUCUGAACAUUUAAUUUUGAAGUUUGAGAAAAUAAAUUUUCUACGUAUUAAAUGAAUGUUGUGUCAAUUUGACUAAAUGUAAUAAUUAAAAGUUGAAUAAAAGUACGGAAGAUGAAAA